GGUACUAUGUGCUCGCACCGACACGUGUCCACGAGCUCGUUGUGAAUACUGGAGCCGCCGGUCACCCGCCGGUCGAGUCGAGUCCACCCGGCUCGGGCCCCACCCGAGUGGGAAAGAAGUCAAGAACCCGCACCCGCCGUGUUCGUCUCGUCUCGUCCGAGGUCGACUUCGACGAAAAGAGCCGUGAACGAAGAAGAAGCCGAAGAGCGAAGGGAGCGAUGAGGAGCCGCGGAACUCCACCUCCGGAAAGUGUGGACAUGGGAGAGGAAGAGCGGAUUCUUAUCGAGCUCUGUUGCUCCCUCUCCAUGAGAGCUCACCAUCACUCCUCUUCCUUCUCCUCCUCCCCCUCUUCUUCUUCUUCUUCUUCUUCUUCUUCUUCAAUCGCUUCUCCUUUUAUCCUCCAUUCCCUCACCCAACCCUCUCCUUGCUCCAUCUUCGCCUUCCCCGGUUCGUGGUGCGCCGACGAUUGGAUCUGCGGGGGCCGAGCUCCGUUCGGAGAUUCGGAAGUCGAUUCUGAUCUCUUCCCCUCUCUCAAAAGCAUCGGACCUGGCGUUGUCGCCCGAGUAAAUGCGGCUUUUCUCUCCUCGUUCCGGAGGAUUCUCACGGGUUCUACGCUUCAAUCCGAGGUCUAUAAAGCUAUAACAGAGAAGAAGCGUGUGAUUUUCACUGGCCAUUCUACAGGAGGCUCAAUUGCGGCUCUUGCUACGAUAUGGUUGCUUGAGAACUGUAUGAAAUCAGGCGGUGCAACUCAAGUUCAUCCCUUCUGUGUGACCUUUGGGUCUCCUCUUUUCGGAGACUGUGUUCUCAUCCAUGCUCUCGAACGAGAGGGGUGGUCACGCUGCUUCGUUCAUUUUGUCAUGACGGUUGAUAUCGUUCCGCGGAUUCUCCUAACCCCUCUGUCAUCCUGCAGAGAAGAAAUUCAGGCCAUUCUGCAUUUCUUAAGCCCUAAAGCAUCAGAUUUCAGUCUUGAAUCCAUCGGCAAAUCUCAGUUAGUAUCUGUAUUUUAUGAAACUGUAUUAAGGAGUGCGUUAUCUGUUUCCAGCUAUCUGACCUCCUUGCUCAUGGGCUGUACUAACUCUAUCCUGGGUUCUUUAACUUCCUUCAUUGAGCUUUCCCCGUACAGGCCUGUUGGAACUUAUGUUUUCUGUACCAGCAAAGGGCAAUUAGUUGCCGUGAAGAGUUCGUAUGCUAUUAUGCAGUUACUAUUUUACUGCCUCCAAUUGGCUCCCCAACAACAAAUGUCGGAGGUUGCAUAUAGAAGUUUGAACGAGCAUUGGCAAUAUGACUCAAAGAUCAAGCAAUGUGUAUUAGGAAAUGUAGAUUGUAUUAAUUACCUGGACAAACUCUCACCAUCCUUAACUGUUGGGGAUGGUGAUUUGGAUGAAGAAAUCUUGGGGGAUCUUGAACUGAGCAAAGAGGCAAGUUUAUCCCUUUGUGCUGCAAUAAAGUGGGAGAAGCAAAGGCAAAGCAAUCGGGCUAGGAUUGACGCCAACUGUAGCAAAAUACAAGAAGCCCUGAAUUGCCUGAAUGACUACAAAGCAACAUGCGAAAUCCGAGGUCUGAAUUACUACGACAGCUUCAAACUUCAUAGAAACAUCGAAGAUUUCGAUGCUAAUGUUAAGAGGAUAGAGCUAGCCGGCCUUUGGGAUGAGAUAGUCGAGAUGCUGAGAAGGCAUGAACUACCGGAUAGCUUUGAGAACCGUGCAGAGUGGAUAAAUUUAGGCACAAGGUACCGCCGUUUAGUUGAACCUUUGGAUAUAGCCAACUAUUAUAGGCACUCUAAGAAUGAAGACACGGGCUCUUACAUGUAUAAAGGGAGGCCGAGGCGUUAUAGAUAUUCACAGAAGUGGUAUGAGCAGGCUCAGAGAUUAGCCGAAGGGUCUAGCUUGGAAUCAUGUUUCUGGGCAAUGGUUGAAGAGAUUCAGAUUGAGAUUGGUAAUAAGCCGUUUGAAGAUGUAAGAGAGAAGGUGACGAAACUGGAGAGUGAAGCAAAUGGGUGGUUUAAUUCUGGUUAUUUGGGUAGAGAUGUGUUCUUGGGUAAUUCCUCAUUUGUAGUGUGGUGGAAGUCUCUUCCUGAGCAGCAUAGACUGGGGUCCUGUAUCACGAGGCUUGUGUGUGGUGACGAGACUUUAUGGACUGCUUGAAGUUAUUAAGGUUUUUAUUAGAUACUUUUGUCGGAAGUGAACUGUCUGAAAAUGCCUCUUUUUUUUCACUUUUGUAAGUAUAUACUGAUGAUAAAGUCAUAAGACUAGUGCUACUAGGGUAAGGGGGUAAAGCUUGAUUAACAUGAUAUAGAAAUUUCACGUAAUUGAAUGAAUUCUGUAAGUUUCUGUUGUGGCAGGAAGUAAUGAAGUUAUUAUAUACGUUAUUCAUGAAAAAGAUAUUCUCCGAAAGCAAGAAAGCUUUAGCCCGAUAUGUUUUAAACA